ACUUGCUGAACUGUAUACAAUGGUCCUUCCAGAGACGGGAGGCCCCUGCUGGGUUGGUUCAAGGUUCGCAGUAUUGUAACACACACAUUCCUCAGCCUCCCUCUCAAGAAAUACGCGAGACCUAGUUGACCUGUGAGGAACUGCUCGGGGGGAAACGUCAGGGUGCAGGAGACUUCUGGGCCAGGACGUAAACGACCUUAAACUCCACACAAAAUGCGCCUAUUGCGCGACCGACAACUGGGCUUCAUCAACGGCGUGUUUUCCAAACUGAGGCCGCAUGGGGAAGGAGGAAUGUGGUGCAGAAGUUACGGGAGCGGGGUUCUCAACAGUGCGUGGAGCGAAACGCUCAUACCAAGGAAACAGACGGUAUCAGGGACGACAUGGGCUCGCUGUGCAGCGAACCGGGAGCUGAACACAACCUGGUGCGUUUCCCUCAGAGGACCGAAGAACAAUUUAGUGCAGCAGCAGCUGCAGUCCUGCAGGCAGUACACGUCCAACGCCGCGUACCACGAAGCCUUCGCGGCAGCCCGACAUAAGCCGGAGGAGUUCUGGGGCGAAGCGGCCCAGGACGUGUCGUGGUUUGAACCUUGUGAGAAGACCUUUCAUGUCGACGAUCCAGUGUUUCCGAAUUGGUUCCCGGGGGGGAAGCUGAAUAUGUGCCACAACGCCGUGGACCGCCACGUGGAGAGCGGGCGGGGAGACCAGCCCGCCAUCAUAUAUGACAGCCCGGUGUCCGGGACCAAGGAAGUCACCACCUUCAGGGAGCUCCAGGAGCAGGUGUCGCGGCUGGCGGGGGUCCUGGCGAGGCAUGGCGUGGGGACGGGGGACCUGGUGGUGAUCUACAUGCCCAUGGUGCCCGAGGCUAUGGUCACCAUGUUGGCCUGCGCCCGUCUGGGAGCCCCCCACAGCCUCAUAUUCGGGGGCUUCGCCUCCAAGGAGCUGUCGGUCCGCAUCGACCACGCCAAGCCCAAGAUGAUCGUGACGGCGUCGUUCGGCCUGGAGCCAGGCCGGAGGGUGGAGUACAUCCCCCUGGUGGAGAAGGCCCUGGAGCUCAGCUCCCACCAGCCCGCCCACGUCCUCAUCUACAACCGGCCCGACAUGGAGAGGGUCUCCAUGAGGCCGGGGCUGUCUCUGGACUGGGACGAGGAGAUGGCCCGCGCCCAGCCCCACGACUGUGUGCCCGUCCCGUCCAACCAUCCCCUGUACGUCCUCUACACCUCCGGGACCACCGGCACCCCCAAGGGGAUCGUGAGGGACACUGCGGGCUACGCCGUGAUGCUGAGGUGGACCAUGGCCAACAUCUACGGCCUCCGACCCGGAGAUGUGUGGUGGGCGGCAUCUGACCUGGGCUGGGUGGUCGGCCACUCCUACAUCUGCUACGGACCCCUUCUCCAUGGCAACAGCACCAUCCUCUACGAGGGCAAGCCGGUGGGCACUCCGGACCCCGGUGCGUUCUUCCGCGUCAUGUCGGAGCACGGGGUCUCCUCCAUGUUCACCGCCCCCACCGCCCUGCGUGCCAUCCGGCAGCAGGACCCCGAGGCCGCCGUCGGGAAACGGUACCCCCUCAACCGCCUGCGGUCUCUGUUCCUGGCCGGGGAACGCUGUGACGUGGAGACGCUGGACUGGGCCAAGAGGAGCUUCGGUGUCCCCAUCCUGGACCACUGGUGGCAGACUGAAACUGGCUCUGCCAUCACCUCCACCUGCAUUGGCCUGGGGAACUCGCUGACCCCCCCUGCUGGCCAGGCCGGGAAGCCCGUACCGGGUUACAACGUGGAAGUCGUGGACGACGACAUCCGGGCGCUGGCGCCGAGGAUUCUGGGAAAUAUCGUGGUGAGACUGCCUCUUCCCCCAGGAGCAGCUUUGUCGCUCUGGCAGAACGCUGCCCUCUUCAAGGAGCUCUACUUCACUAAAUUCCCAGGCUUCUACGACACCAUGGACGCCGGCUACGUGGACGAGGACGGCUUCCUAUACAUCAUGUCGCGCUCUGAUGAUGUCAUCAACGUGGCCGGUCAUAGGCUCUCCGCCGGGGCCUUGGAGGAGUCUCUGCUGCAGCACCCUGACGUGGUGGACUGUGCGGUCAUGGGCCUGGACGACUCCUUGAAAGGCGUCGUCCCAUUGGCCAUGUGCGUGCUCCGGAACGGUCUGCAGAAGAGCCAGCAGGAGGUGGCGGCGGAGGCGGUGAAGCUGGUGAGGGAGACCAUCGGGCCGGUGGCCGCCUUCAGGAAGGUUCUGUUCGUUAAGGGGCUCCCCAAGACCCGGUCGGGAAAGAUCCCCCGCUCCGCAUUGGCCGACCUGGUGAACGGGAAGCCAUACAAGAUCUCUCCAACCAUCGAGGACCCAGACGUGUUCAAGGACAUCGAGAAGCAGGUCCGAGCAGCCCUAGGGCCCCCAGCACUAUGAGGGCCCCUGGAGAGAGGACCCAGGGGGGCCCAGCACGCCGAGGGCCAAGGGGAGAGGACUCCCAGGGGCCCCUAUCCCUCUAAUGGCAUUGAGAAGAGUAUUCCCAGUGCAUAGACUCCCCAGGGGCCCGCCCCAGCUCGACACGUGAGAACAUCUGUAUUCAUCCACACAUUGCGGUCACUGCAGUGUUCUGCGCGGAUUGCUCUUGAUUUUCAAAAUAAGAGCAAAAAAAAAAAAAGGACCAUUCAGUGCAUAUGAGGAGAUAUCGUGGUGAUAUCGGAUACCUUGAACCUUCAGUCGGUCUAUUGCGCUGCGGCGAUCAGUCUUGUCAACGUUUUAACUGUUGAAACAUGUACAGAUUUACACAUCAAUCAAGUCUGUACAAACACACACACAUACUAUUUUGUGCCGAAGUCAAAGUUUAGAGUAGAAAAAUGAUUUAAGCGCUGAAAGUAUUACAACUAGUUGUCAACUGACAGUAGUUUAUUGACAAUGAAAAUGUAUUUCGCUCACCACAUAGUUUUGACCAAAGUACAGGUAAUAAAUAAAAAAAACAGAAAAACCUUUGACACUUAACAAAA